ACGCACGGGGUGGGCGGGGCCGCCCCCCGGCUGCUUAUAAAGGCGGCUGCGGGUCGCGGAGCGCAGAAGGAGCGAAGACUGUGUCCCAGAGUCGAAGCAGCUGCGGGAGCCGAGCCCCAACCAGCCGCAGCCAAGCAGAUCCCCGGGCCACUCCGCGACACUCUCACCCCUCGCCCGCCCGCGACCCCUCCGCGGGCCUCUCUGCGACACUCUCAGCCCCUCGCCCGCCCGCGACCCCUCCGCGGGGCUCUCUGCGACACUCUCAGCCCCUCGCCCGCCUGCGACCCCUCUGCCCAAUGAAAUUGGCCGCGAUGAUCAAGAAGAUGUGCCCGAGCGACUCGGAGCUGAGUAUACCGGCCAAGAAUUGCUACCGCAUGGUCAUCCUCGGCUCGUCCAAGGUGGGCAAGACGGCCAUUGUGUCGCGAUUCCUCACGGGUCGCUUCGAGGACGCCUACACGCCCACUAUCGAGGACUUCCACCGCAAGUUCUACUCCAUCCGUGGCGAGGUCUACCAGCUCGACAUUCUCGACACGUCAGGCAACCACCCGUUCCCUGCCAUGCGGCGCCUCUCCAUCCUCACUGGAGACGUUUUCAUCCUGGUGUUCAGCCUGGACAACCGCGACUCCUUCGAGGAGGUGCAGAGGCUCAAGCAGCAGAUCCUCGACACGAAGGCUUGCCUCAAGAACAAAACGAAGGAGAACGUGGACGUGCCCCUGGUCGUCUGCGGCAACAAGGGUGACCGGGACUUCUACCGAGAGGUGGAGCAGGCCGAGAUCGAGCAGCUGGUGGGCGACGACCCCCAGCGCUGCGCCUACUUCGAGAUUUCGGCCAAAAAGAACAGCAGCCUGGACCAGAUGUUCCGGGCGCUCUUCGCCAUGGCCAAAUUGCCCAGAGAGAUGAGCCCGGACCUGCACCGCAAGGUGUCGGUGCAGUACUGCGACGUUCUGCCCAAGAAGGCGCUGCGGAGCAAGAAGCUGCUGCGAGCCGGGGGCGGCGACCAGGCCGACGCCUUCGGCAUCGUGGCGCCCUUCGCGCGCAGACCCAGCGUGCACAGCGACCUCCUGUACGUGCGCCAGAAGGCCGGCGGUGGCCAGGCCAAGGACAAGGAGCGCUGCGUGAUCAGCUAGGGCCCCUACCCCGACCCUGCGCCGAGGACAGAGCCUAAGGAGGACCUUUUCGUUCAGAAGUCCAAUCUUAUGUCUGGUCCAGCCCUGCGGGCCCGCCCUGUGCCACGUGCUCGAGUGUGUAGUGGCGUCUUCCCUCCCCAGGCCCGGGGCCCCACCUGCUGGGGAGGUGGGAACAGCUGAGAAGGGCAGGCCAUCUGCUCUGGAAGGAAAGAGAACUGGGGGACACUGGCGCCCACUGCCCCCAGUACCUGGGGACACAGGCCCAGCAGAGGCUGAAUUUGUCUGGUUUCUCAAAAAGAUGGAAGACUUGGGAGGGAGUGAGUGUUAAUCAGCCACUGUUAGGCUUGGAGAAACCCGCGCCUGCUGGAGGGUUAAACAAACGGCAUGACCUUGUGUGUGACUCCGAGCUGCCCCGACAGCUGGCAAAAGCCCUCGCCCUCCUGAA